GCGGAAGGAGAAGGCAAAACCAACAAGACAACGUUCAGUUGCGCAAAGCAAACGGCGGAACCGUGCGCCGCGCAGUGGAAUAAAUCGAGUGCACCGAAAAACGGGGCGAUGUGCGAGCGGUACAUCGGUUGGCAGUGAAAUAAUUGGGCGAACUACUUGCUGUGGGCAAUGAUAUUAAGGCGCGCGCGGGGAGGGGGGGGGUGUGUGUGAGUGGUGAUGUGUGUGAGUGAGAGAGAGAGAGCCGUGCGCUCCGGGGACGAUGCCGGUGGUCAGGGCGAAGCCGGAUAUCAUCAUUUUCCACAGCCCCGUGGACCAUUACAGCAGCAUCGACACGAUACACCUGUUCGUGGAGAAGAAGACGGGAGAAGAGGAUGAGGAGGCACAGGCGCUGUCUGAUCCUGAGGCUAGUUCUGCAACAAAACCUCUCAGAGAAUCAAGGUCGGAGAAAAGGGUAUCAGAUGACUUGAGUGCUUUUACAGAUUUAACAAAGCAGGAGUGUCUAGCAUGGCUUUCAAAGAAAUCUUUUGAUCAUCUUCAGGCUAAAGUAAAUAUGGAAUACAGUGAAUCUGAUGCUCUUUGCCAGACAAUUCGUGACACAGAAGAAACCUUUAUAAAGGAUGUGAAUAAAUACUUAGCCCAUACAGACAUGCUAAAUCUGCGAAAGAAGGAGCUCCUCUAUAAGAAGUGGACGGAGUGUGUGUACAACCCUCAGCAGCAGAAACUCAAUGCAAUUACAAACCAGGGAAUUGAAAGGAGACGUGCUCCUAUUUUACAAUACUUGGACUACUGCAAUAAAAUGGAACCUGUGCUUUUGGAAGAUUAUAACCCAGAUGACUACAAUCCAUAUGUACUCCACAUGUGUAAACCUCAAUACCUUAAGGUAAAGGAUUCACUUCUCAAGAAUCCGAUGCAUUUUCAGAGUCAGAGCCGGUUGGAGGAAGAUAGUGUGUUAUUGCAAUGUCAAACAGGCACAAUCUGAAGCAUGGACAAAAAAGAUGAAUUUGAAGAAAUGCCUUGCCAUGAGUGCUAGGAACUUGUAAUACACCUCAAACAAACUACGCGAGGUAGUUGUUCGAAGCCAAUACCUGGAGACCCAAUUCGAUUUAUUCGUGGAAACGGUGACAAAAAUGCAAAGGAUCACCUAUUUUUGGCAGCAACUGCUGGUGGCUCCUGUGCUGAAUGCAGCAAAAACAGCAAAUGGUUCAUCGCAUAUUGCUAAGGAGAAUGUCAGCAGUGGAGAACGAUUGACUUCAGCUGCCCACAACUGAAGUGAAGAUAAGACACACAAAUGAACAAUUCAGACUUAUUCAGUGGAAUACUGAAGAAAUUUGGCAUAUAAUGUUCAUAAAACAAAAGUCCUCCCCUGUUCAACAUAAGGAAAUGCGAAUUUUCGAAAAGGCCUUGAAAUUUGAAUAUUUAUGCAUUGAUUAAAAACAAUUGUAAAAAGUUGGGUGCAUUUGUUGUGAAGGACAGAGAGGGUACACUUAAGAAAGUGUGAAGAGAACCACACGAGUUUUAUGGAUUUUCUCUCGAGUGGUAGAAUUGCUGUGAAAGAUGCUUCUUAAACAUUUAGCAGUGGAGAGAGUUUUGCAAGACAUC